AUGAGCGACCUCGACGUCGAGCUUGAGCUCAUCGCUGCCUCGCUCAUGCCUUCGGAGGAGUUUGAUGCGAAUACAGGUAUGCCACGCAUCAUCAUUAUCGCCAAUUCCGAGAGUCAACGGACUCUGCACAUCGAGGCGCGCGAGCACUACCCGGCCUGUGAUUCCGUCACCAUCGAGUUGAAAGGGAACGACAUCGGGCGCGACGCGGCAGUCAAACAAAAUACGGAGAUAGCAGAGAUCCAGGCGGCGAACUGGGGAGAGGAUGAGUGA